UCUAGAAUCAAAAAGAUUGUCGCCCAGGACGAGGACAUAGCCAUCUGCUCCAACAAUGCAGCCUUUGUCCUGACCCUAGCAGCUGAACUCUUCAUCCAGCACCUCGCCGAGGAAUCACACACACAGGCCAAGGUCGACCCCAAGCCCCGACGUAACAUCCAAUAUAAGGACGUCGCCAACGCCGUCGCCCGCCAAGAUAACCUCGAAUUCCUGGAAGACAUAGUCCCCAAGACGGUCCCCUACAAGCAGGUCAAGGGCGGCGUGCCCUCCGGGCCCCAGCAGCCGCGGACCAAGAGCAGCGGCAAGGGCAAGGGCAAGACGGCCGACGGCAAGCACCAGACGACUCUGACCCCCAUGACCAACGGCAGUGCCUCUGCCGUCAACGGCAACUCGUCCUCCCACCGCCUGCUCCUGUCCCCAUCCUUGUCGAGGAGAGCGCCGCCUGGGCCGGAGCUGGCUGGUGUAGGCGCUGUGGCUGCGUCAGAGGAGGAUCCGAGUUCCCAGCUGGAGUUGGAGAUGAGGCAGGCGCAGCGGUCAUCGAGUCACGACCGCGACGUCGACAUGACAGAUUAG